AUGGCUUUCCAGGAAAAAAAGGUGACCAUGGACCUAAAGGAGAAGUUGGAGCACCUGGUGAUUCGAUUGACGGAAUACCAGGUUUACCGGGUUUCCCUGGAACUAAAGGUGACUCAGGUUAUCCAGGACUUUCUGGAAGGCCUGGACUUCCAGGUCUACCUGGAUUUAAAGGUGAAAAGGGCGGUUCGUGUCUGUCAUGUAUUCCUGGAGUUAAAGGAGAAAAGGGUAUUCGAGGUUUCGAUGGAUUACCCGGGGGAUAAAGGAGAGAGAGGACCGGUGGGUCCCUCAGGUUUGCGUGGCGACGACGGUAUUCCUGGAUUACCCGGAAUUCCCGGUGAAGAGGGAAAACCUGGUAUUCCCGGAAGGCAUGGUAUUUCCGGAGAAAAGGGAGACCCGGCUAUGGUUCCCAUUGACUUUCUUCCGAGCAAAGGGAUAAAAGGAGACCCAGGAGUACCUGGAAUUGAUGGCCCUCCCGGUCGUGAUGGCAAUAACGGUCCCCCAGGUUUGCCCGGUCUUGUGGGUCCGAUCGGAUCUAAAGGAGAUAAGGGAUUUGCUGGCUUUCCGGGAGAUCCAGGAAGACAAGGGUUACCGGGACUGCCAGGGUUUCCGGGCAUAAAAGGUGAUCCAGGAAUUGGAAGGCCAGGAGCGACGGGAGUGCCCGGACCCAUGGGGUAUAAGGGAGACCUUGGAUUGAUAGGAAGACCCGGUCCAAAGGGAGAGCCAGGAAGACUUCCGCGUCCCGGAGAGAACCUAACGAUGCCAGUGGGCCCACCAGGACUCCCGGGUGAUCCGGGUUCUAAAGGAGAUAUUGGUUUGCCAGGACUGCCCGGUGCCCCCGGAAGGGAUGGACUCCCAGGACUCAGAGGCGGAAGGGGUGAAAGAGGAGAAGAUGGUCUUCCCGGUCCUCCUGGUCUGAGG